AUGUUUUGAAAAACGUUAAUCGAUUGUGUAUCGAAGAGUCUAUAAGUAAUCGAGUUUCGGUCGAUUGUCGAUACGAUACCACAUGGUAACGGUGGUAAAAUGGCUUCGCCUAUCCCCUGUGUCGCUGUGAGAGGAACCACUGGUAUAAAUCUAGCACAAGGUCCACCAUCUUAUGAACCAGUUAAAACAUUUCCGAAAGAUGACAGCAAGACUUGUAAAACUAUGCUGUUUAGUCCAGAUGGCAAAUACCUUGUUUGGGUUAAUGGAGUUAACAUUACAAUUGUACUUUGUGAGAAUUGGAAAAUUGUUGCUGAAAUUGCAAGACCUAAAGUCUGUGCCAUUCAAUUCUCUACUCAAAGUACAUAUCUUGCAACUUGGGAACCAUCCUUUGUAACACAAACAAGCCCUCAGGGAACACAAAAUCUUCACAUAUGGAAAUCUGAAAAUGGUGAGCUUGUCCACAGUUUUGUGCAGAAGAAACAAAUAAAUUGGGAGCCACAAUGGUCAAGUGAUGAAAAACUUUGCGGUCUAUUGAAUGGUGGAAAUGUUCUUUUAUAUGAAGAUAAUAAUUUUGAUAGAUACGUGAAUAAGAUAAGUGCAGCCAAAGUUGCCAAAUUUAGUAUAGCACCUGGGAAUGCUCCAUAUCACAUUAUCUGCUAUAUGCCAGGGAAACCAGGUCAGCCUUCCUUUGCAAGAUUAUUUAGAUACCCAAAAUUCGAGAUUGGAGAAUCACUUGCAAACAAAAGCUUCUUCCAAGCAGAUAGAAUUGAUAUAUUUUGGCAUCAACGUGGAGCAAAUGCAUUAUUAAUGCCAAGUACUGAGGUUGAUAAGAGUGGAGCAUCAUAUUAUGGGAAACAGUCAUUACAUUAUCUUAGCAUAAAAGGGGACAUUGCUAUGGUUGUACUAAAUAAAGAUGGCCCCAUACAUGCAGUAGAAUGGUCUCCCAAGAACACUGAAUUUUGUGUCGUAUAUGGGUUUAUGCCAGCUAGAGCAACAUUAUUUAAUAUUAAGUGCGAAAUAGUGUACGAAUUUGGCACAUUACACAGAAACAGUGUAUAUUAUAAUCCACACGGCAACAUUUUGCUUUUGGCCGGAUUUGGUAAUCUUAGAGGUGGCAUUGAGUUAUGGGACAUUGCUAAUAGAAAACUUAUUGCUAAAACGGAGGCACCAGAUACUACACUGCUUCAAUGGUCACCAGAUGGUGAACAUUUUGUAACAGCGACUACAGCACCCAGAUUACGAAUGGGCAAUGGAUUUAAGAUUUGGCAUUAUACUGGCUCGUUAGUGUAUCAACGACCAUGGAAUAACCAAGAAGAACUUUGGGAAGUACUUUGGCAAAAUUUUCCUUUGAACACUUUCCCUCAGAAACCUAUUAGUUACAAAGCCGUAGAUGGCAUCGUUAGUAGUUCUAGUCAAUCACAUCAAGCAUCAAAGGAAGCAUAUAGACCACCGAGUGCCAGAGGACAAACAAUCACGUUUAAAUUGCAUGAUGACAUAGAACCACCUUCUAGGCCAAAUGCAGAAACGAACCCAUCAAAAGCUGCACUGAAGAUGAAGAAAAAUCGGGAAGCAAAGAAGGCUAAAAAGGAGUUAGAAUCUACUAACUCUUCCGUCAAUAGACAAGUUACAGACACAAGGAUUAUAAAAAUGGAAUUAACCGAUGAUCCGGAAAAGAACAAAAAGAUAAAAAAAGUGAAGAGUAAACUAGAACAAAUUUCUAAACUGAAGGAACAAUUGAAAGCAGGAAAGCAAUUAGAAAUCAAUCAACUAGAUAAGAUCAAGAAAGAAGAUGAAUUGUUAAAAGAACUUGAAGAAUUAACUUUAUGAUAAACCAUUCUGGUCUCGAACAAGAUUAAUUUGAUGAACAGAAUUACGAUAGAACACAAAUACCCUUUUUCCGAAAUAACAUGUGAUUACGAGAGGAACAUUACCAAGUCUAAAUCAAAUUCGUCCUUUGUGAUAAAUAUUGGAUAAAAAACAGUGGAAUUCUACUAUGCAUUGCAUUUUGGAUGUUUAAGCUUGAAUCUCUCGAAAUAAUUAUAAAUGGGAAUAUUAAAAUCAGAAGAAUGAAUUGUGUGCUCGUGAAUAAGACUAAAUGUUCAUAUACUGGUUAUAAUUAUAUUGAUAAAAAAUGACUAAAAUAUAGUGCUAAACAGCACUAUUAGAUAUAUGACUAUAUUUACUAGUACUAUAUUUGAUAAAAUGGUACUAUUAAAUGAUUUUAUUAUAGUGCACUUCUACAUUUUGCUAAAAAUUGAUAACGAUAGAGUCAAUGAUGGUUUAUGUUAUUAAUUUGAUAAAAAAUAAUCUUAAUCUUUUGUGUACAAUCUGAUAGUUAUCAAUGUAAGAGCAACAUUUGGUUACUAAACAAUUUAUUGAUUAGAUCUUUUUUCUAAUAAAAAUGUUUUGCUAAAAGUAUGAGAAUGAGGAUAUUAAAAACGAAACUUAGAAGUAUUAGGUUGUGAUAUUCCUUCUUAUACUGUUCUGAGAAAUCAUUGUUAGAUCUUUUUAAGGAAAGAGUUUAACAUUUAUCAUGUAGUAGUAAAUUUUGCAUUUACCGAGCUUAACAGUUUACGUACUAUUAUCUAAUGUUGCUUUCUACAUUUGAGAAUUGUAAGCUUCAGAUCAAGUAUUGUUCACUAUAAUUUUCUGAAGUUUCCAAA